CGGGAUGCGUCCGAGCUAGGAGCCAGGUCCAGGAUGGGGGCCAUGUCUGUCUGGGUCUCAGGCCUCCUGAUUCUCCAGAUGCUGCUCUUUGUGGCUGGGGAACAGGGCACACAGGACGCCACUGCUGCUGCCACUGCCGAGAAGGGGCUCCACAUGCAGAAGGUGGGGUCUGGGUCAGUGCGGGCUGCGCUGGCAGAGCUGGUGGCCCUGCCCUGUCUCUUCACCCUGUGGCCACGGCCAGGUGCAGCCCGAGAAGCCCCUCGGAUCAAGUGGACCAAGGUGCGGACUGCAUCAGGCCAACGGCAGGACUUGCCCAUCCUAGUGGCCAAGGACAACGUGGUUCGAGUGGCCAAGGGCUGGCAGGGACGCGUGUCACUACCUGCCUACCCCUGGCACCGGGUCAACGCCACGUUGCUACUGGGGCCACUGAGGGCCAGCGACUCCGGGCUCUACCGCUGCCAGGUGGUGAGGGGCAUCGAGGAUGAGCAGGACCUGGUGCCCCUGGAAGUGACGGGUGUUGUGUUCCACUACCGAGCAGCCCAGGAUCGCUACUCGCUGACCUUCGCUGAGGCCCAGGAGGCCUGCCGUCUCAACUCAGCCACCAUUGCAGCCCCGCGGCACCUGCAGGCUGCCUUCGAGGAUGGCUUUGACAACUGUGAUGCCGGGUGGCUCUCUGACCGCACUGUUCGGUAUCCUAUCACCCAGUCCCGUCCUGGUUGCUAUGGUGACCGUAGCAGCCUUCCAGGGGUGAGGAACUAUGGGAGGCGAGACCCACGGGAACUCUACGAUGUGUAUUGCUUUGCCCGUGAGCUGGGGGGCGAGGUCUUCUACGUAGGUCUGGCCCGCCGCCUGACACUGGCCGGCGCGCGGGCCCAGUGCCGCCGCCAGGGCGCCGUGCUGGCCUCGGUAGGACAGCUGCACCUGGCCUGGCAUGAGGGCCUGGACCAGUGCGACCCGGGCUGGCUGGCCGACGGCAGCGUGCGCUACCCGAUCCAGACGCCGCGCCGGCGCUGCGGGGGCCCAGUCCCGGGCGUGCGCACCGUCUAUAGCUUCGCCAACCGCACCCGCUUCCCGGCGCCGGGAGAGCGCUACGACGCCUACUGCUUCCGAGCUCAUCACCCUACAUCACAACAUGGAAACCCAGACACCCCGUCGUCUGGGGAUGAGGGGGAGAUUCUGUCAGCAGAAGGGCCCCCCGCCCAAGAACUGGAGCCCAGCCUGGAGGAGGAGGUAGUCACCCCAGACUUCCAGGAGCCUCUGGUGUCCAGUGGGGAAGAAGAGCCUCUGAUCUUGGCAGAGAAGCAGGAGUCUCGAGAGACCCCCAGUCCUGCCACUGGGGGCCUCACACUAGCCUCAAGGCCUGCUCUGGAGGCUGAGGAGGUGUGGCUGAGCACGGUGUCCCCCGCCCCCAGCAACGUGGAGGCAGGCACUGCGGUGGGCAGGCACACAGAGGCAACCCCAGCCAGCCCCAUGCCCAGGAGGAGGGGGCGCUUUAAAGGGUUGAACGGGCGCCACUUCCAGCAACAGGAACCCCAGCAAGGGCUGAAGGGCGUGCUCCAGGCCAGCGUCCAGCCCCCCACCCCAGAGGUUGCUGGGAAUUUCGUGGAGCCUCCCCUGGCCACAGGAGCCACUGACGCCUUGGGGAGUGGCCGGAGCCAAAGCCCCUGGGCUGUGCUGACCAAUGAGGUGGAUGUGCCUGGAGCUGGUUCCCCUGGUGGCAGGAGCCCCCCAGAGCCCUGGCUGUGGCCCCCAACCAUGGUCCCACCUAUCACCCUUGGCCUGGAACUAGAGGAAGCCAAGGGCCCCAGUGUGAGGCCAGCCACCCCCGACCUGCCCUGGUCCUCCUCGGAGGCCACUGCCUUGGCUCCCAACCCCUUGAAGGGCCCCAGCACUGCCCGCUGGGAGGCUUCUCCCACAGUCAUUUCUCCAGACCUCCCUGUCAUGGCCAUGCUUCGUGGCCCCAAACUGUGGCUCCUGUCACAUCCUACGCCCCUCCCCACCGAUGCCAGUGAGGUAAAGGGGUAUAGUGAAGCCAUGGCCGCUGCCCCACCCUCCCCUGCUUCGGAGAUCGAGGCUAGACCCCAGGAUCCCAUCCAUCCAGAAGUAUAUUCCCUGCCCUCCUCCUCGGGCCUGACGGGACAAGGUGGAGAGGCCACAUCCCUGACACUCAGCACUGGUCCUAACUCCUUCAGAGCAGACUUCGGAAAAAUUGUGGGGACCAGCCCUACUGGGCUCAGCAAAGCUGAGCACCCCAGAUCCAACCCACAGGCUUCUGUGGGUGGGAAUGUGGUGGCAGCCGUCACUCCCACUGAGACUGCCACUGAGCCCAUGGGAGCCAGAGGCGUCUUGGGGUCUGAGUCUGGGGUCUUCAACACAGCAGAGAGCCCCACUUCCAGCUUGCAGGCCAACAUGGAUGAGGCACAGGGCAUGUGGCUGUCACUGCACAGUGAAGGGCUAGACCCCCAUUCCCCAUCUGCGCCCUUGGGGGUCCCUAGGGUCUCCUUGAUGCCCAAGGUCACCCCGCGUUUGGAGCCUUCGGCUGCUACAGACGGAGGAGCCACAGUGGGUCCCAUGAAUUCCAUGGCCACACUAGACACCAGCGGUGCUGGUGGGAAUUGGGAACCUGGAUCCCACGUGGUUGAGGGAGCUGAAAGCCCCACCUUGAACCCUGAAAUGGCUGUGGAUACAAGUGCGGUCAUGUCCCUCACGUCCCUGGACCUGGGGGACAAGGUUGGGGUCCUGGCCAUGUCCACAAUGGCCUCCUCAAACUCCCAACCCCAUCCAGAGCCGGAGGGCCAGAUGGUGACCCAGGGCACCCUGAGAGGCUUGGAGCCUCCACAUGAGGGCAGCCCCUCAGGGGAGCCCGCUCUNCCUCCUUGGACACCGACAGCAGCCAGCAAGGACAAGCCCAUUUCAGUUUCCUCGGGGGAGCCUAUAGUGCCGUGGGACUCCCCCAGCACCCUGCUGCCUGCCUCCCUGGGCCCAGAGGAGUUUGAGCUGGAGGUCCUGGCGGGGAGCUCAGGUGUGGAGAGCUUCUGGGCGGAGGCAGCAAGUGGAGAGGAGCCAGCCCUGCCAGGAACCCCUGCAAAUGGGAGUGCAGAGGAGGUUCCCUUGGAUCCCUGUGAGAACAAUCCUUGCCUGCAUGGGGGCACGUGUAAAGCCAAUGGCACCAUGUAUGGCUGUAGCUGUGACCAGGGCUUUGCUGGAGAGAACUGUGAGAUCGAUAUAGAUGACUGCAUCUCCAGCCCCUGUGAGAAUGGUGGCACCUGCAUCGACGAGGUCAACGCCUUCGUCUGCCUUUGCCUCCCCAGCUACGGGGGCAGCCUCUGUGAGAAAGACACAGAGGGCUGUGACCAUGGCUGGCACAAGUUCCAGGGCCACUGCUACCGCUACUUUGCCCAUCGACGGGCAUGGGAGGAUGCCGAGAGGGACUGCCGCCGUCGAGCCGGCCACCUGACCAGCAUCCACUCACCCGAAGAACACGGCUUCAUUAACAGUUUUGGGCGUGAAAACACGUGGAUCGGCCUAAACGACAGGAUCGUGGAGAGGGAUUUCCAGUGGACAGACAACACGGGGUUGCAAUAUGAGAACUGGAGGGAGAACCAGCCCGACAAUUUCUUCGCGGGUGGGGAGGACUGUGUGGUGAUGGUGUCACAUGAGAGUGGGCACUGGAAUGAUGUCCCCUGCAACUACAACCUCCCCUAUGUCUGUAAGAAGGGCACAGUGCUGUGUGGUCCCCCUCCAGCAGUGGAGAAUGCCUUGCCCAUCGGUGCCCGCAAGGCCAAGUAUAAUGUCCAUGCCACUGUACGCUACCAGUGUGACGAAGGAUUUGCCCAGCACCAUGUGGCCGUCAUCCGAUGCCGGAGCAAUGGCAAAUGGGACCGGCCCCAAAUCGUCUGCACCAAACCCAGACGAUCCCAUCGGAUGCGGCGACACCAUCACCACCACCAACACCACCACCAGCAUCACCAUCACAAAUCGCGCAAGGAGCGCAGAAAACACAAGAAGCACCCAGCAGAGGACUGGGAGAAGGAAGAAGGGAAUUUCUGCUGAAGAACCAGGCAAAAGAAAGCACAAUCCCCUUCCCACACCUCCCCUGGAGGCUUCACCUGGGGAGGCAGAGCCCAGAGAGAAACAAGAGGGUCCGGAAGCCCCUGAGUCCCAAACCACAUCCCCCCAUACAUAACCAUUUGUAAAAAGCUCCUCUCUCCUUUUUCUUACAUAUACAAGGUCCUCUUGGCAGGUGUAGCCAUGUGUCUGAAAAGUCAGUUCUAGUCAGGCUGAACUCUGGGAGCAUCUCUCAGUGGAGGGAAGCACAAUCGGCACAGAUCAUUCUUUGCACUGGUUUAGUCUUUUGUUGGCAAGGCUGACUGCCAGUUGUGGAAAUAAGGCUGUGAUAAGGGUGCAAGAAUGUGUGUUUGGAUUUGCACUAAGGAAUUGCUUUUACCACCAGAGAUUCAGAUUUAGUAAACUGUCGGAUGUCCUAAAUGCAGGCUGAAGCCUAUAGUGAAGGUCACUGGCUUUGGGUGUAGAAAAUUACAUGGACACACACUGCUUGAACUUGACGACUGCUCGUCCUUCACCUUGGACUUCAGCCUAAGUCAGUCCUUAGUCUUGGUGGAUGAACUGACUGUGGAAUUCCUAUGUAUUGAACUUCAGGAAUGUUUUUAGAACAACAUCCCUCCGUGCCCUCAGAGUUAGGGGUCAGAAUAGUCAGAGAAAUUUGUGGGCAAUGAAGGGAAGCUGUAUUGCUUGCCCUCCCAGGUCUAGUCCAGUGCUGAGAUUUGGUGGUUCUGCAUGUGUGGUGAAUUUUAUACACACACACGCACACGCACACACACGCACGCACGCACACACAGAUGAGAGGAUGUUUAGGGCUCAACGAACCCAGAUUUCUUCCCCCUCCAUCUCUCAGGGAGACAAAGAACCUCCUUCCUGGGCCAAGGAGGUGCCAAGUUUUCUAGCUCGGUGCCCAUAUCCAUCCCUCAAGCAGACAUUGGUAGUGCCCCUGCCAUGGGUCCCACCCCUACCCCUACUCUAUUCCUGUCUCCUCCAUUCAUCACCUGGUGGACUAGAAAUGCUUAAAACUUGAAGUAGUGACGUCUACCUGCCGUCAUGUAGAGAGAUGUGCAGUGUUAAAACUGAAACACACACACACACACACACACACACAUUUUUCUCUUAGUUUUUAAAUUUUUUAAGCAGUAAAGAACUCACCUUGCCUUCCUCCCCAGAAUCUGAAACCUGUAAAAACUUUCCCCAAGCCAGAAGUCGGGAUUCAGCUUCCUGAUCUCUGGCAGGAAAGAACCACAGCUUUUCCUCCAUGUCCUUUGUCCACUCUCAACCUCUCUAGUCUGGGUAACAUCUGUGGAUUAGUGUUAAAAACCACAGUGGAGAAUGGCCCUCUGCAGGAAAGAAAAAUAAGCAAAUAUACAGUCCAUCUAAGGGUUCAGUAGAGAAAGAAAUGUGUUGACUGAGCCUAUAUCCCUCCUGGGAAGUACUAAUCAUAAUUGACAACUACGGAGUAGGUACCAUGCUAAGGACUUACACACACUGCCUCCGUGAAUCUUCUCAACAGCCCAGUGACUUAGGAACCAUUAUUUUCCCAUUUUACACAAGACAAAACUGAGGCUCAGAUAAGAGAAAGGCCCUGGCUUGCAAGACAGGAAUAAGGAUUCCGUCCUGCCUCUGGCUGACUCCUAACCCUGCUCUCUAUUUUGGGGGGAAGGAAUUGAAACAUAAUCAUGCUCUAACACACAGCAAGAUUUAGGAAAAGAUUGAGAUGUGCAAACUAGACCCGCAUCCUAGACCAUGGUCUUUAGUGUUCCCUGCUAUAGACAUUAUCCACUGUUCCAUGUUAUGGUUAUUGUUGAGAAAACCCAGGGAUAUAGGUUUGCCUUCUAGGUUUGAUAAUUCCUCUUGGUUUAAGAAAUAUAAAAACAAUAACACAUCUUCAGUCAUCCAUGUCACAAAAGAAUUUUCCUUUGUUUGGAGUGGGGGGCUCUGGGGAUGCAACUUUUUUUGGGGUGUCUUGGUUUAUGCUCCUUACCCUUGACCACCUCAGCCCCUUGCCCUGCCCCGACCCCAGCUCCAUGGUGGGAGGGGGCUCUGAUAUUUUCUAAGGUGGGUGGUUUGUCUUUUGGUCUUUCCCUUUGGGAUGUGCGUGUGUGUUUGCGUGUGCCGCGUGUGUGGCAUGCGUGUGAGUGUGUGUGCGCGUGAACAGCUUUGGAUUCUGUUGGUUAUGCUGUCAGCUGAAGUGUUCCGUGGGUCUGUGGUAUCUGACACUAUGGACAUUAAUGUACUCCUUGGACAUUUUAAUAAAAUUUUUUAACAGUUCAA